AGCAGGAGCUGCAGGGGGGGAUGGGCUACACCGCCCGCACCCCCUUCUUCCACACCUUCACCUCCCACGAGGGCCAGGCGGGGCUGAACUUCGCUGACGAGGGGGAAGCGGCCACGUUUGAAGCCCUGGUCCAGGAGCGACUGCGCAGGCGCCAGCAGCGGGCAGAGAAGCGGCAGCUCCCACCUCUGCCCCCCCUCCGGGAUGGUGACUCCGGAGGGCACAAUGGGUCCUGUGGGGUGCGCACCCCCGGGGAUGGCAGUGCCCCUCUGCUGCAAGCGGUGCCCAUCAGCAACCCUGACAUCACCGCAUCCCGCUACCGGGGGCUGCCCAGCCCCACAGACGGACCCAUAGCGAGUUCCAGUGCCGGGGAGCAGAAGAAAAGCCGCAAGAAGAUCUCCAAGGCCGACAUCGGAGCCCCGUCCGGCUUCAGGCACGUCGGUCACAUCGGCUGGGACCCCAGCAAUGGCUUUGAUGUGGCGGCGCUGGACCCGGCUCUCCGGGCGCUCUUCAGCCGGGCCGGGAUCACGGAGGCGCAGCUGGCGGAUGCUGAGACCGCCCGUGUCAUCCAAGCCUUCAUCACCGAGCGGGGCGGGCUGCAGGCGGUGCGGGAGGAGCUGCAGCGCCAGGGCCCCCCCCUGCAGCAGAGCCGUGGGGCUGCCCCUCCUCCUCCUCCCCUCCCGCCCUGCCCCUCCCGCAGCCGCACGGGGCCCCUCGCUGGCCCCGCCCCUCCUGUCGUGGCUCCGCCCUCCAGACCCGUGGCUCCGCCCCCUGGGCGUGGCCCCGCCCCCCCGGGGGCCACCGCGGCUCCGCCUCCUCCUCCCCCGCCCCCUCCGCCGCCCACCUCUGGGGGGGGCCCUGUCCCCCCCCGGGGAAGGGGGGCGCUGCUGGACCAGAUCCGCCAAGGGGUGACCCUGAACAAGACCCCCGAGAGCAGCAGCAGCGGCUCCAGCGCGGGGGGGCUCGUGGGGGCCCUCAUGGACGUGAUGCAGAAGCGCAGCAGAGCCAUCCACUCCUCGGAUGAGGGUGAAGGACUCGAGGAGGAGGAGGAGGAGGAAGAUGAAUGGGAUGAGUGAACAUCCCCAGCCCCACAGGCGCAGACUGAGC